AUGCCUCCGCAAGACCCGUCUGUUCCGAAGCACAUGGUGAUGUUGAGAUGGCAACCAGCUAACCAGAAAAAGCGUCUCAGAAAGCGUAUUUUCCGGGCUUGUGAGGAUUGCAGAAAGAAGAAAACCCGCUGUGAACAUGGCUUGGAAUCGGACUUCGAGGAAGUUCUGCAACAAGGUGAUUUUCGAAAUAACUUUCAGACGGAUUUUCGGAAGCGACGGCAGGAGCAAGCUCACGUGCGUGGAGAUGAUAAUGUCGAAGGAAGUGCUUCAAGAGAGGGUUCUCAAGACUCCUCGGCUACUCCGUCACCAUUUACUAAUGGGGAUAGGAAAGGAGAAUCUUCUAAGGACGGGUCUGCUGUGAAUGGAAUGAGUAGGUCUGUGGAGGAGGGCAGAUCAGAAGUACAGACUACGAGAACACAGAAUAGAGAGGAUGUCGAAACCUUGGGCUCUCGAUUUAUUGGCGACCUCAAUCCAGAGGGAACGUUGCUAGUUGCGACCAGCCCAGAUGCCGUAAGAAGUGCUUCGACAAAAGAUGGCAUUGGCGUAUGGAUAUCCCAGAAGACUCGAGACAGAACCAACAUCCAACAACCAUCAGAAGGACGUCCAUCACAAGUCGAUCCCGCGACUGGAUAUCCCACCUUAUUCCACCAUUCUAUGAUCUCCAGACUAGAAGAAGAAGCUCGUUCAACCGUCCCGCCAUCCCACAACAUCGCAUUCCUCUCAAAACUCUAUUUCGAAAAUUGCUACCCAAUACUCCCCAUCAUCGACAGAUACGUAUUCGAUUCCUAUCCGCCCACUGAUCCGCGACGCGUCUUGUUAGAGAAGGGUAUCUGCCUAGCGGCAUCUCGCAAUUUCAUCGCCAAAGACUACCUCUUUCUCCUAGGUUCUGAAGCUCCGGUAUCAUGUACAGAAUUCGGUCACAAAAUCUCCGGCUCUAUGCAACUAUCCAUCGAUUUCGGCAUCGUCACAGAUAAGAUCGUAAUCAUCCAGGCCCUACUUCUCAUGUGUCAGUACGCGAAUGGACCUGAAGGCGGGGAGUGGAAUUCUCAAUUCUGCGCCAAGGCGAUUCAUCACUGUCAUACUAUAGGCCUUCAUUUGCAGACCGCACGGGAGCUAAGUGGUUCUAGCUAUGGCGCUAGGUUGUUAUGCUGUAUCUGGGCUCUGGACAGAAUGAACGCUGCUUUCAACGGCAGGCCCGUUCUCAUGCAUGAGCGCGAUAUUGGGCUAGAUAUGUUCAAGAGCUUCCAGGAACAGAAAUAUCCAUGCUUCCGACUUCUUCUUGAGGUUGUUAAGCUCUUGGAUAAGGUGAUUCGGCUCUACCGCCCAUCCACCUCUGCGUCGACGAAUCUCGAAGACGGAUUUCCUUCUUUCGAAGAGCUGAUUAUGGACUGUAAAGCUUCUCAAGCACCUACGCCACUUAUAGCCACAGUAGAAACCCUCUACCUCGCCGUAUCCAUGCUUUCUUUCCGCUCCAAAUCCCCCGAAGACCCUCACUCCUCCUCCCCAUCACUCACCCGCCAAACCCUAGCCUCCCUCCACCUAACCACCACCACCACCCUCUCACACCUCUACACACUAACCCUCUUCCCCUUCAUCCCCUACGCCAUCUCCCUCUCCCUCAGCAUCGCCUACCGACGCAUGCGGCACAGCAAAAUAGCCAUGUACCGCGCGAGGGCGCAGAAGGAGAUACAGGCGACGAGUCUGAUCCUGGAACAACUUGGAGAGUUCUUUUGGUCGGCGGGGAUGAUGGCAAAGAUGGGGUUGGAGACUGUCAGGGAGGUGGAGAGGGUUGCUGUGGCGGUUGUGGGGAGGGAGGGGAGUAGGUUGAGGUCGGAGGUUGGUCACAGUAACGAUUCUCAUGCUAUUGUGCAGCAGAACUCAAAUACAAUCCCUCCUCCAAUCCCCACCCCACCAAACCCAAACCCAAACCCACACCUAACACCCCCAACCUUCAACCCCUCAAUGUUCGACUCCCUCACCGACAUAGAUCUCUUCGACAUGUUCGAUCCGAAUUUCGAUCUGAAUGGCAUCGACGCCGCGUUGCAGGGGAAUCUGGAUUUAUCGUUUCCUACGGAGUUUUCAUGA